UCAGCCCAGAUCUUUGUGUUCUUUAUGUCCAGAUUAGGAUUUGAAGUUUAAACCUCGUCACAGCAAGUUUUUUUUCAAUGCUCUCAUGCAACAUGGCCACGAGAGGGUGCUACAGUUAUGUGCUCACCUAGAGCUAACAUCAGACGAAUGGGAGAACAGUCAUAGCCUGCUCAGUCUGUGGAAAUGAGUGCACUUGCAAAUAGUCCCAGGUAUACUCUUUCCGUCAGGUGCAAGACAUGCAGUACUUAAUAAUAAAAGAUAAUGGAUACAUUGAAGGCAAUGAACUGGAUGAUUUUUUCCUGCAUCUGAUGAAGAAGCUUGGUACUGAGGGCAGUGACCUGAGUGCUGGAAAGGUCCAGAAAAUGAAAGAGCGAUUUAUGUCUGCAUAUGAUGUCACCGCUGACGGAAAGCUGCAGAUCCAGGAGCUGGCAAACAUGAUCCUACCAGAAGAUGAGAACUUCCUUCUGUUAUUCCGACGUGAAACCCCAUUGGACAAUAGUGUGGACUUCAUGCGGAUCUGGCGUAAAUAUGACGCAGACAGCAGUGGCUAUAUUUCAGCCUCUGAGCUUCGCAACUUCUUGAAAGAUUUGUUCCUUCGACACAAGAAAACUAUUCCAGAUGACAAGCUGGAUGAGUAUACUGACACCAUGAUGAAAAUUUUUGAUAAGAACAAAGAUGGCCGACUGGACCUGAAUGACUUGGCAAGGAUCCUAUCACUGGACGAAAAUUUCCUUUUACGGUUCAAAAUGGAUGCUUGUAGUCUGGAGGAAAGAAGAAGAGAUUUUGAGAAGAUUUUCUCUCAUUAUGAUGUGAGUAAAACAGGAGCUCUGGAGGGUCCCGAGGUGGAUGGGUUUGUUAAAGAUAUGAUGGAAUUGGUAAAGUCUAAUAUCACUGGAGUUGAUCUCGACAAGUUCCGUGAAAUUCUGUUACGCCACUGCGAUGUAAACCAGGAUGGAAAAAUCCAGAAGUCUGAGCUUGCCCUAUGCCUUGGACUGAAAAUUAACCAAUAAAUCAACCAUGCAAUGAGUUAUUCAACACUGCUAUCACACAUUAAUCUUCUCUCUCAUACAUUUAAUAAUACACUUGCAUCUGUAAACAUAAUAAGCCUCUGUUGAUCACCAGAGUGGUCUUUGUUUGGAAAGGAAGUGAAUCUAAUAUAUCCAUUCAAUCAAACACUAGAAUUGAAAAAAUAAAAUGCUUUUGAAUUUGCAUGCCAAGGUACGGUGUUUUCAUUAUUACUGACAUUAAUAUAAUGCACUGUCCAUACACAGCACAUGAAAUGCAUAGCAGCAUCAACACUUGCCUGAUGUGAGUAACAAUUCCUGGUAUUCUGCUUCAAAAGAAAAACAGAACUAGAUGGAAUUAUUACAAAUAUUUUAAGAAAAAGAUAUCAGAUGCAACUAUUAGCAGCAUUAUCCCACUGUGCCUUUCAGGACAUAAUCCUGUUGCUACAAAAGCAAUAUGCAUCCAGUAAUAAAUAUUUAAGACUCAUUUGAUGAGCUACCAAUAAAGCCUGUAUUUGUAGUCAGUUGGCACACUUCUGUUAUCUGUUUAAUUCCCACUUACUGAGCAUCACAAAGUAAUUAAUUUCAGAUAUAAUAUUUGCUUUUUUCCAAGUAUUAAGUGACUAUUCUGUGCUUUGCAUGUUACACUGCUGUAUCUGUUUUGAAUGCCAGCCACAGCUAUAGGCUGUGAAGUCUGCAGCCCUGGGUAUUGGUUAAGUUGUGGUUGUCAGAUUAAACUGAUAUGAAAUAAUAUUUUGGUUGAUACUUGUCAUCCUUCUUUGUUCUGAGAGACAAUUUUUGUUCAUUUGUUUUUGUCUGACUCUUGGAAUCAAGCGAAGUUUAUUUUCAUAUGCAUAAGUUCAGUGAAAUACAGGUACAAAGAAAAAAUAUAUCAUACAUUAGAGCAUUGGGCCAUUGUUUUUGAAUCAGGUCUCCAAUUUGGACAUUUUCCCUUUCUUUCCCACAGCUCUCCAAAUGUUUUAUCCAAUACACCUCUGAAAGUUGCUAUUGAAUGUAUUUCCCUUCCUUUAGAACACUGUGCAUCCUUGAUCAUAAUAAAUAAAACUAAACUUUAUCUUCCUGUUGAGUUAACUAAUCACAGUCUGGUUAUCACUGAAUUCCUGAUGUAUUCACCAUAUUUAAUUGUCUGUAACAAUGCAUUUUUCAUUGAGAUUUUACUCUGAUAACACCAAAUUCCCUGAGUACAUGCCACAGAUAUUUGAUUCGUUAGUACAAUAUUCAAAGCCAUGAUGGUGAACGCAAAUUGCUGGAAGUUAUAUUAGCUGUUUCCAUUGUUAUUGACUCUUUGAAUGAGGUCUCUGAGAUCCCUGUUUUUGUUUUCUAUAGUUCUGCAAAAAUUUUAUCCAAAACACUUUGGAAAUUAUUAUUAAAUCUGCUUCACUGACUUACUUUGAA